AUGACUGCUUUAUCUGAAGCAACCGGCCGGGUUGCCUCCCUCGAGCAACAACUUGAUCAAAUGACAACUCGUCUCUCCGAGUCUGCCCACCAAUUAUCGGAGGCAGCCUCUGCUCAUCAGCUUGCCUUGGUCACACAAGAUGCUCUAAGGUCUCAGUUAGAUAGGAUUGUUGAGGAUCUGACCACUGCGCGCUUGCGCCUGGUCGGCCUUGCUACUGGCCGCCAUAUU